AUGUAUUUUUUCCUUUUCCUACUACAGUUUCGAUUAAUCUACGGGAGCAUAUACCAAGGAUUUGACUUUAACCAACAACUUCCAGACCUCGCCGUGGUCAACCAGCCAUAUAGCUACUCCAUAGCGUCAACAACUUUCAAAUCAACCACGGAUGCUCCCAUAACCUAUAGAAUAACAAAUGCACCCGACUGGUUGCACUUUGACGGCACUACAUUUUCCGGUACCCCGUCACAAGAAGGAUCAUUCACCGUGACACUUAUUGGCACAGACACGGGAGACCAAUCAGAACUUAGCCAUGAAUAUCAAAUGAUGGUAGUGGCUCACCAAAUCCCCAUCACUGCUUCUUCGUCUCAAGUCAACAAAGAACUCGCAGAAUACGGCCCAACUGAUGGACAUAAUGGUCUUGUUUUGAAACCAGGGGAAAACAUCAACUUGCAGUUUUCAAAAGAUGUCUUUGAUACAAACAGCAGUGACCAAGUCUACUACUAUGGAAGAUCAUGCGACAAGUCCCCCUUGCCACCAUGGCUCACGUUUGACGAUAGUCUGUUGACUUUCCAUGGUGUUGCCCCAGAUCCAACUUCAGAAUAUUCAGCUGCGUCUUAUUGCUUUGCAUUGAUUGCAUCCACCCAUCAAGGCUUUGCUGAAGCGUCAAACGAAUUCACGAUGAAAAUCGGAUUGCACCAGCUUACUUAUAACGGAUCAAAUCCCAUUGAAAUAAAUCGCUCAAAUGGCGGUCUGGUCUCUAUCGAUGUUUUGAAUGGUAUCUUUUUAGAUGGCAGCCAAAUUGUGAGAGAUAACGUGAGCUCGAUUGAAAAUAGCAACUUGCCAGGAUACUUGAGUCUCAAUGAUGACAAGUUAAACGGUGACGUUUCGUCGUCUGACUCGUCUGCAAACUUCACAGUUACCGUCAAGGAUGUUUACCAAAACCAAGUUGUGCUUUCAUACGCGGUUGACCCAUUAGAAACCUCGUCUUCAUCAUCCUCAAGUUCCUCAGCAUCAUCUACAUCAUCACUGUCAUCUUCAUCGUCAUCAUCAUCAUCAUCAUCUAGUUCGGUAUCAGCAACAACAACAACUAGCACGGCAUCUUCAUCGACCGCUACAUCAUCUCAGGCUACUUCGACAUCUUCAGAAUCUACCGCAGCGGCACUGCCAACGAAAAAGGACUUGAAACUUCCACUAGGAGUUGGAUUAGGUGUCGGAAUACCAGCAUUGAUUGCCCUCAUACUCCUCAUCUUCUUCUGUUGCUGCAGGAGAAAAAAGAAGAGUCAAGAUAUAGAAGAAAAGGCCAAUUCCAACUAUGAUGCUAGCAACGCCGCAGGAGCUUCCACUGGCGGCGCCCUCACUGGCGCGGCAAUGAUACCCAGACCAGACACUUCAUACUUGACGAAAUUGGACAAUCUGUCAGAUGAAGACGAAGAUGAAAACGACGCGUCGUCAUCGGCAUCGACACUCGCUACACCCCAAUCGCUGAUGCCCAGAGUCGAGAAAUCUUGGAGAGCCGUGGCUGCUUCGGACGAUAAGAAUAGAGAUAGCCAAAUAUCCAACGCCACCAUUGCCACCGAGCAUCUUUUCUCGAUACGACUUGUUGACCCCACCAAUUCGCAGAUACUGGUGCCUGCGCUGGUUCCCGAAGACGCGGUGCUACAGUCCUUGGACGAUGAGCACAUUGUGAGGUUUCGAGAGUUGAGGAGGGGAAGUUGGAGGGACCUGGUAUACGAGGGCGAUCUGCACUUUAUGGAGUCGACGGCAACGAUACAACACCACGAUGACGACAGCAACAAAUCUUUCAAUUAG